CCCCACCCUGCCUGGUCCAACACCCUUGGAUUUGCAGUUGGUCUGUCCCACCCCUGCCUGGUCUAAGACCAGGAGAGCAGCAGGGCCUGCUCUCUGCUCUCUUCUAGGUGACCCUCUGGGUAGCUAGCUUUACUCUGUCCUCCUUCAUCCCAAUCCCGUGUCUUGCCCUGGCCCCAGGACAUCAAGUGCCACCGAUCCAGUCACCAGUAGCUUAGUGUGGACUGGGAACAGGUCUCAGCACCCUGGCUUCUUUGAGCACAGGCAACAAGCUUUCCUAGGAGAGUGUCCAAGGAGCCAGGGCAUAAUCAGGGGCCCAAGCCCUGAGGCCCAGGAGCCCUACCAGCACCUUCAUUGGAACUUCUUCCUUCAGCAGAACAGGAAGCUGCUGAGCACGGCUCCCUUUGUCUCUGAGGUCAUCUUUCCAGAGGUAUGCACUGUAACGUCUAGAAAACCCUGGAGACACAGCCUAACCGUGCAUGAGCACUGCUUCCCAAUGCAGCUGGUUUAGUCGAUGUACUAAGGAGUGUCCACCAUCUGUGCCCUGCGCACAGCGCUUGCUGACACCAUCAUGCCAAGUCGGAUCCCUCUCCCUGCAGCCUGCUGCUUCCUUCUCCCCUGCGCAUUCACCAUCUUUCACGAAGCCCUGGGGAACCCGGCCCCCCAUCCGGGUCCCCACUACCUCCUGCCCCCCAUCCACGAGGUCAUUCACUCUCAUCGUGGGGCCACGGCCACACUGCCAUGCGUCCUGGGCACCUCGCCUCCCAGCUACAAGGUACGCUGGAGCAAAGUGGAGCCGGGGGAGCUCCGGGAAACGCCAAUCCUCAUCACCAAUGGACUACACGCCCGGGGCUAUGGGCCUCUGGGAGGGCGCGCCAGCAUGCGGAAGGGGCAUCGACUGGAUGCCUCCCUGGUCAUCAAGAACGUGCGCCUGGAGGACGAGGGCCGGUACCGCUGCGAGCUCAUCAAUGGCAUCGAGGAUGAGAGCGUGGCACUGACCCUGCGCCUGGAGGGUGUGGUGUUUCCGUACCAACCCAGCCGGGGCCGCUACCAGUUCAAUUACUUCGAGGCGAAGCAGGCGUGCGAGGAGCAGGACGGACGCCUGGCCACUUAUGGCCAACUGUACCAGGCGUGGACCGAGGGCCUGGACUGGUGCAACGCUGGGUGGCUGCUCGAGGGCUCGGUGCGCUACCCUGUGCUCAACGCGCGCGCCCCGUGUGGCGGUCACGGGCGGCCAGGCAUCCGCAGCUACGGGCCUCGCGACCGCAGCCGGGACCGCUACGACGCCUUCUGCUUCACCUCGGCGCUGGCAGGCCAGGUGUUCUUCGUGCCCGGGCGGCUGACGCUGUCUGAAGCUCAUGCUGCUUGCCGGAGGCGCGGAGCUGUGGUAGCCAAGGUCGGGCACCUCUACGCCGCCUGGAAGUUCUCGGGGCUGGAUCGGUGCGACGGAGGCUGGCUGGCGGACGGCAGCGUUCGCUUCCCCAUCACGACACCGCGGCCGCGCUGCGGGGGUCUCCCUGACCCCGGGGUGCGCAGCUUCGGCUUCCCCCGGCCCCAGCGGGCGGCCUACGGGACCUAUUGCUACACCGAGAAGUAGCCGCGCACUGCCCUGCCGCGCGCGACAGAGUGGCGGGUCCCCUCUCGACACACAAGGGUCGAGCCCCACACCUGCCUUCCCAGCCCAGCGCGGCGCUCGGGGAUCCGGGCAGAGGGGCGUCCCAGGGAUUAAUUGACCAAUAAAACAACAUGGCACCUUC